AUGUCACGUGGCCUCCAAAUAUAUAUUUGCCUAUUUAUACACAAGUACUUGUAAUUUUCUCUCAACAAAAUCUUCGAAAAGUUAAAUCCAAUGGCAACCCCAGCACAGUUGCUCCUCUCUUUCUUCCUCCUCCUCUCCUUCUCCUCCAUCGCUCUUUCCGACGAUGAAGAUUGCGUCUACUCGGUUUACAUUCGAACAGGCUCCAUCUUCAAAGGCGGAACCGACUCCAUCAUCAGCCUCAGACUCUACGAUCUCUACGGCGAGUUCAUUGAGAUCGCCAACCUGGAAGCUUGGGGUGGGUUAAUGGGGCCAGGACACAACUAUUUCGAGAGGGGCAAUUUGGACAUUUUCUCGGGUAGGGGACCUUGCUUGGUUGCUCCUGUAUGCGCCAUGAACUUAACCUCCGAUGGCUCGGGUUCACACCAUGGAUGGUACUGUAACUACGUGGAAGUCACCAUGACUGGCGUCCACACCCCCUGUAGCCAGCAGCAGUUUACGGUGGAGCAAUGGUUGGCGCUUGACACCUCCCCGUAUGAGCUCACUGCCAUCAGGAACUACUGUCCUUCGGCGUUUGGUGCUGAUCGGCGUGAUCAGAAGUCUAGCUCUACAAUGUGAUGAGGCUUGUAUUUAAUUAAUAUAAUAAUAAUUAUGACGAUUAUGAUGAUUAUGUUAUGUUGAUGAAAGGAGUUAUGGUUUUGUCUGAGGCUCUGAGUGGCAGUUUAGUCGUGUAAUGUUGUCGUGUUUUGGGAAAUUUUGGAUCAAUGUAAAGCUGUAUUUACCGUGCUACUGUUGUCGGUGGAGCUUAUUACAAAAGGUUAUGAUUACCUUUUCAUAGGCCUCGUGGCAACAUUUAAUGCCCAUUAAAUAAAUAAAUACUCCAUAAGCAUAUUCAUGUAA